ACUUCAAAAAUAUGAUAAGUGCAGCGUGGGGGUGAGGGUGUGCAGCUGCCCACACCCGCACAGAUCAUGGGGAAAUACUUGGAUGAUGAACAUGCAGAAAUGAAGACAUACGUUGAUUCGUAUCAGCAGUCAUGGGAGACGUACGGUUGCACCGUCAUGUGCAACGGUUGGACUGGACCGACGAAGAUGUCGAUUAUAAAUUUUAUGGUCUAUUGCAGGGGACGGGCGGUGUUCCUAAAAUUUAUAGAUACGAGUAAUAAGAUUAAAAAUGGUGAUUACAUCUACAAACUAAUGCACAACGUCAUACAAGAUAUUGGGAGGAGAAACAUUGUGCAGUUUGUUAUAGACAAUGAGAGUGCAUUUGUCAAGGCGGGAAAGGAUAUUCAGGCGAAUUAUCAUAUGUAUUGGACCCCUUGCGCAGCCCAGUGCAUCGAUCUCAUGUUGGAGGCAAUCGGGGAUAGGCCGUCGGUGAAGACCGUAAUUACUAAUGCACGGCUCAUUACAAACUUCAUAUACGACCACACCUGGUUAUUAGCCGCGAUGCGCGAGAGGUGAAGUGGGGAUAUAGUGCGCCCCGGGGCGACGCGAUUCGCCACAAAUUAUAUCGCCUUAAGUAGCCUCCUCAAACACAGACAGGGGUUACGGGAACUUUUCGCAUCUCAUGAUUACGAAGAAUGGAAAAAGAGGUUGACGAAAGUAACCUGGAGAAUCGAGGAGCUAGUGCUGAGAAAUGAAUUUUGGGAUCAUGUGCGUAACAUGCUAGGUCUUCUAGAGCCCAUUUAUAUAGUGUUGAGGAUGGUGGAGAAUGAGACAAAUCCGUCGAUGGGGUCGCUGUAUCCAUCCAUACAGCUGAUGAAAGAGGCCAUCAUAACUAAAGCUCUCAAUGCUUAUAAGUGGGUGCAUGCAAUAAUAGACGACCGCUGGGAAAAGAAGCUUUCUCACCCAUUACAUUAGGCUGGUAAGUACUUAAUUUACAAUUUUUUUCUUUACUAUAUGCAAUAAUAAGCGAGGGUUGUACUGAUGUGUAGAUAUUGGUUUUCAGCGUAUUUCCUGAACCCCAAAUACCAUUACAGCCGGAAAAUCUACGAAGAUGAUUCAUUAAAGAGGGUUGUACAUGAGGUGUACGAUCACUCAUUCCCCGAUUGUCCGGGGAAAGACACCUUUGAUACUGAGAUUGUUAGAUUCCGCGACGCGGUUAGAACGUUUGGGUGCCACCCUGCGGUGAUGUCAAGGAACACCAUGAUGGCAUGCGAAUGGUGGUCCAUGUAUGGAACUAACUGCGAGGUUUUACAGCGACUGGCUGUCCGUGUGCUUGCACAAACGGUGUCCUCGUCACCUUGUGAAAGGAAUUGGAGUACAUUCUCCCUCAUCCACACAAGUAAACGUAAUAGAAUAGGAUAUGAAAAGCUUCAAAAGCUAGUGUAUUGUCACUACAAUAUGAAGUCACAAGAGAGGCUGCUCCGCGCAAAAGAAGAAAAGCGUAGGAAGACCCACUGGACCUGACGAGGGUCGGACAGCAUGCAUAUGUUGGGGAUGAGGAUGAUCCAGUUUACCAGUGGGUCAGGUCAGAUGACUUGGAUACCUCGGAUGGACGACCAGAGCCACGCGUUGC